GGUGGUGUUGUUGAAGAAGAAGACCAUCACUAUUUGGUUGCGGGUAAUAUAUAUAUUUUUAAAAUGUGCUAAAUUAAUGAAAGCCAGACUCAUGUCCCGACUGAUUUGCAUUGGCGGUUAGCUUUAAAGAGGGAACGUGCUCACUCUUAAUUGCAUCAGUCUGAUAAACUUGUUUUUACGCAGUUCUUACGAUUCGCGUCUCGGUAUUAUUCGGCUGCUUUACAAACUAGCACUUAAACUUAUAUAGCUGCGUGGCUAGCUCACUAGCCAUCUGUCUUUCUUGCCAUCUUUUACAUUUAGGAAUUUCGAAUUUUUUAAAUAAAAUAUAUAUAACGUGAUGUGAAGAGUUUACUGAAAGUUUCGCUAAGUGCCAAAACUACUUGUGACUGGUGUACGUGAGUGGCUGGUAAACCUGUCGGAGCUAGUCCUGAACUUACUUGAGCAAUAACCCGACGAACUAGUUAGGGGAGUUUUGUACACCGUGUCCUGUGUUCAAACCUUACAACUUCUAACAGAAUGCGACUGAUAAGGGACCACCUGAAAUAAUCCCCGCUCCGUUAUCAGGCGGCUUUAAAUUGGACCGAGCACUUUUAGCGUGCGGCCUGCUGGUCAGGCUUUCGCCGCAUUAAAUUUUAAGCUCACGCCGCUGUGGAGCGCGCUCAGUCCGGCUGCCUGCUUCAACCAUACUCCGGCCUGCCGACGAGCCAUGGAGAGAAUGGAAGUGGACCAGUGCGCAGGCGCAGCUGGAGGGAACGGGGGCGGGGCUCUACGGAGGUCCAACAGCGCCCCUAUGAUCACUAAUGUCAGUGAUGGAAUGACAGUGUUCAGCUCAAACACUUCAGGCCGGUAUCGUCGGAGCAGUGUGUCUGUAAACCCAAGCUGCCCCUCUAGAACCCUGCCUUUUUCUCCAUUCUCCUUGUGCAGCGAGAGACCAGAUCACAGGCGGCAGAUGGAGAAUAUGGAAAUCACUCUCAGAGGGAGUUUACAGAGACUAAGUGCCUCAGCUACAGUCCCCUCACCUCCUGGAACUCACUGGCAUGGGCAUCUAUCACCAGAUUUCCAUUCCCAAGACUCUGGAGUCACUCCUAAUUCUUCCCCCAGUCCAACAAGAAGGUUCAGGGGGGGGUCUGUGAGUUCAUCUGUGAGAUGGCCAGUGGUUGCACCUUUAAAACGAAAAGGUGGAGUGGAAUCUGACGGUCCACCUAAAAAGCUCUUUGUUGCUGGAGUUUCAGAUCCUGCCCACAUAACUAGUUGCACUGUCAGUGUUUCCCAGUCAGUGGACUCUCCUUCAAGCGCUGUACCCGUAUGUCCAAGCCCUCAGAACAUUGCGCUCUCACUUUCUCCUCCCUCGCCGUUUACAUCCCAACACCCCAACAUCUAAACCACAUCAGUUAAACUGGCAGAGUAAGGACAACGUUUCUGUCUUUAUACUCGCCGCUUCCUGAACUCUGUUCAGAACCAUGUCCUGAGAUCAGCUCUCCAUCUCACUACUUGGUGCUUUAAGGAAUGUAUUUGGUUCCACGUUAUUUGCAGAAAAACCUUUCUGAGGGAACUUUUGAGGAAGGUUUUAUGUUGUAUGACUGAAGAUGGAAAAUGUGUCGAUGCCAGGAAUGGUGCAGUGCUGCCCAGUAUCAUCUGACUUGUUAAUAGUUCAUUUGCACCAAGGGCAAGGGUUUCCUUGCAUUUGUGAAAUAGUGUCAGGAUUUACACUCAGUUAUCAUGUUCAUGAUAAUGUUUUAGUGAUCGCAAUCUAAUCAUCAUUUACACAUAAGGAUUGCCUGUGAGCAUACAAAUAUGCCUUCCCUGGAUUUAGUUUUCAGCAGGCUCAGAACAUGCUUUUCUAAUCUCAUCCACAACCAUUGACGUCUUCCAAAAAGUAUUUUUAAAAAAAUUUAAUUAAGAAACUUUCCUUACAUCAGUAGACUGUUCAGGCCACAAGUGUGUUCAUAUAUGCUCUGUGUAUGUGUUUGUUUUAAGGCUUUGUUUUAAAGGGUCAUUUUAUGCAUUUUAUUAUAAUUUUUCGUAAAAAAAAAACUUCCAACAAGCCUUAGAAUAACAGAAUGCCAGCCUGCUCUAAAGCUUGUCUGUCACAUUGUUUUAUCUUUAGUAUGGAAGAAGAAUAAUGGAAGCAAUUUUCUGAAAUAUUCCCUUUUAUAAAACAUGCCCAGAAAAUUUUGCAUCAUAUAAGAGGCACAAGCUUUUACUAGCAUUUGCUAGCAAAAAUGUUACCAUAUUUAUUUUCAGGCUGCAUUUAUGUUGCAAAAGCACCCAUAUGACCCUAAGCUUGUAGUUGAGAAACGAACACAAAUGAAGCUACAUAAGCCAAUUGACUGUAAAAUUGUAUUACAUGUCAAUAAGAAGACAUGGUUAAAUUUGUUAGAUAUAUUUUUUCCUUUGCACAGUGUUAGACAUUAUUAAUGUAAGUCUAAAUUACAUUACAUAAGUGGGAUCAUAUUUCCAUGUUUUUCGUAGGGUUAUUGAAAAAAUAAACAGACUCACAGAUGUACAGUAUUGCUGAUUACAUACUUUUUUUUGCUGACAAAUGAAUUAAUGCUUCCAGAGCAGUCUUUGAGCAGGAGGAGGACUGUUGUGGAUCAUGUGCAUCAUACACUGACUAGAAAACAUCAACUUUUGACUAUGUUACAUUUCAGACUAGCAUCUCAGCAGCUCAAUUCUGACCUAAUAUUUCAACUUCAGCAUUUAUUUCGAUUUGCAAAGAUGAGAAGGAUCUUUCUUGAAAGAUUUCUUUAAUUGUUCUUGCCUUUUCCUUACAUAUUUUUUAGCUUUAUUGCUGGUACAAUGAAAUGCCUUGUAAAGUAAUUCCAAAGACAUUUGCACAUAUUGUCAAAGUCUCCAGUUGUACAUGUUUAAAUUAAUACCAAUGGAUCUAAGUUGAGUCUUGAAAAGAAUUGUGCAAUAUAGAUAUAAGUACAUCAUGGAAUAGAAAAGAUGACGCAAUCAUUUUUUUCCACAUUCUAUGGCUUCUCUCUUUCCUUUUCUUUCUUCUUUCUUAAAUGAACAUAUUGAUCAUUUAAAUGUAAAUGUAUUAUUUAUGUAAAGUCACAAAUGGUCAGUUUUGUUUAGAAAGCCUUUUUCAGUAACUUGGACAUAAUUGUUUUUGGUUGAAGUACACAUCACUUGAAAAAUGUUUUUUUUUUUUAAAUUCUGUUUUAGGUUUUUGUCUUUUAUUUCUCUCACUUAAAUGGGAGGCUCACUAUCUGCAUCUUAUAUGUCUUCUUUAAAAAGGAUGAAGGACGAGUGUUAAUCAGUGACUGUUACAAAGCUGGAAUACAAGGCCGGGAGUUGGGUUAAUUUUUGUAAGCACAUGGAGCAUUCUAUAAAAUGACAAAAAAAAAAAAAAAAAAAAACACAA